CAGUCCGGCCAGCGUGCUUUUGAUUGUGUGAGUUACAUUUAUUGGUACUCAUUACUUUGUCUACGUUCUCAUGUUCAUAUUUGUGUGAUUUUCUAGUUCGACAGCUUUGGUUUUCUGAAAAACAAUCUUUAAAAAUUGGCUGUAAGAUUAGUACCAUAAAGGACUGAUUAUCAUGCAGUCUUCUAGAAUUUCCAGAUCAAAGAAAACAGAAGAAAAUAAUGAACCAAGUAUUGGCCGCAGUAAAAGAUUUGAAGAAGCUUGUGAAUUGAUGAGAAAAAAUGCUGCCAAGUUUCUACAAGAAGACUUAGCAAGUGAAUCAUCUUCUGAAGAAGACCUUGAUGAUUCAACUAUUCUGGAGAAAACUUUGUCACAAUAUUCAACUGUAAAAGGUGAUGCUUCAUUAGAAAAAACCAGAGAAUUUCUUCAAGAUGUAAUAACAUCUGGUGCUAUUGUUUGUCUGAUAUGCAUUGAAUCAGUAAAAAGGACUGAUAAGAUUUGGUCAUGUCAUCAUUGUUUUGGGAUAUUUCAUUUACACUGUAUCCAGAAAUGGGCAAAAGACAGCUUGUACAACCUAUCUGACGUUGAGAAAAAGAAAAAAUUGCAGUGGUGCUGUCCCAAGUGUCGAUGUGAGUAUGUACCUUCCGAAGAAACAUUUAAGUAUUUGUGCUUUUGUGGAAAAGUGGAAGAUCCUGUUACUGAUUUGUGGACGGUUCCUCAUUCUUGUGGACAAAAAUGUUCAAAGAAACUGAAACCAGACUGUGGCCAUUUGUGUUGUCUAUUGUGCCAUCCUGGUGCAUGCCCUCCAUGUCCUCAAACUGUUCUUUCAUCCUGUGCUUGUGGCAAAAGCAAACCAAUAUCACAAAGGUGCAGUAAUAGGCAGUGGACCUGUGAAAAGAAAUGUGGGAAAUUGCUGUUUUGUAAAUUACAUUCCUGCGAGGAAAUGUGCCAUGAAGGAGAAUGUCCUCCAUGCAGGAAAACGUGUGAACAGAAAUGUCUUUGUGGAAGUGAGACUGUGGUUCGGCCAUGUGAAGAUCCAUUGUGGCACUGUAAAAAAAUCUGCAAUAAAUUGCUUAGGUGUAAGAAUCAUUUCUGCGAAAUUGUUUGUCAUUCUGGAGCUUGCUUGGACUGCCCAAGUUCAGGUCCAAGAUCUUGCCCUUGUGGAAAAAACAUUGUAUCUUUGCCAUGCACUGAAAACAUUGUUCCUUGUGGUGACACUUGUGAUAAACUUCUUUCAUGUGAGUUACAUCGAUGUACUCAAAGGUGUCAUUUGGGUCCAUGUGAGAAAUGUUUACAAAUGCGAGUUAUGAAAUGUCGUUGUGGAUUACGUGAAAAGUCUGUUCCUUGUUGCAAGGAAUAUGUCUGUGAUAUCAAAUGCAAGCGCAAGCGUGACUGUGGAAGACACUUUUGUAAUAAAAAGUGCUGUAUUGGCAACUGCUCACCUUGUGAAGUUGUAUGUGGUCGAACAUUAAAUUGUGGUAAUCAUAAGUGUUCAAGUGUAUGUCAUGCAGGACCUUGUUAUCCGUGCCGAGAAACUACUAAAGUUACCUGCAACUGUGGAUCAAGUAAAAUUAUUGUACCUUGUGGAAGGAAAAGAGCUGUUCCUCCUCGUUGUUCUGCUGAGUGCAAAUUACCUGCUGAUUGUCACCACACUCAACGACACAAACAUAUGUGUCACUUUGGCUCUUGUCCACCUUGUCAUUUAGUUUGUGGGAAAACUUUAAAUUGUGGCCAUACUUGUCCAGUGUAUUGUCACUCUGCGAUACUAACUAAAAUUGAUACCAAAGAGAAAAAGCUAGGACCAUGGGAUUUGCUUAACUCAUACAAAUUAGAGUUAGUGUGCAAGCCUUGCCCUCCUUGUCUAGUAUCAGUGCCAGUAACUUGCCUCGGAGGACAUGAAGUUCGAAAUAUGGCUUGUUAUGAAGCACGUCCAACAUCUUGUGGAAGACCUUGUGGGAGGAAAUUAUUUUGUGGAAACCAUAUUUGUAAAUUAGAAUGUCAUACAGUCAGUUGUAAUCCAAACUCUUUAAUGCAAAGUGAAGAGUGUGAGGCCUGUUCAGAAGGUUGCAGUAAACCAAGAAAACCUGGUUGCUCUCAUCCUUGUUUACGUCCUUGUCAUCCAGGAGAUUGCCUUCCGUGUAAACAGCAGUUAAAAAUGAAAUGCCAUUGUGGUAUAAAUGUAGUCUAUUCAGAGUGUUCUAGUUGGAAUGAUGCAGAUAACGAAGAGAAAAGCUCAUUGCUGUCUUGCUCCAAUAGAUGUCCAAAGCAGAUAUCUUGUGGGCAUCGCUGUACAUUAUUGUGUCAUGCUGGACUAUGCUCUACCAUUGAAAACUGCAAGAAGAAAAUUACUGUAAGAUGUCCUUGUAAACGAAGAAAAAGAGAAAUUCAAUGUUGCAACCAAACAAAGAAUGGUAAUCAUUUAGAAUGUGAUGAUGAAUGCUUAGAGCAGAAAGAGAGCAUUGCAGCUGUAGAAUUGCAACUCAUUUUGAGGAAAAAAGCAGAGGAAGAUAAGAAGCAAGAACAGGAAUUGCAAGAAUUUCUACGAAAAACUGAAGGCAAAAAGAAGAAAAAGAAGAAGAAUAUUGAUAAAGAAUCUAAUUCCAAGCUGGAAAUGUUUAAUGUCAUUGCUCUCUGCACAAGUUUUGUGUUUUUAUUAGGAUCUUUGAUAAUUUAUUUCACACUAGAAUGAAUAGCUUUAUUCAUUAAC